AUGUACAGGCCGAAUUAUCGCUCUCCUAACCCCUGUGGAGGCGGCAGUGUUGAUGGAAGCCCGGGGCCCUUCCGUAGCCCAGGGCCCUUCCCAGGCUCCGGGAGCCCCAUGCUUCCUCCGCCACUGCCGCCCCGGGGCUACGGGAGCCCUCACACACCGAAUUAUGGGCAGAGACCUGCAAGGCCGUACGGGAGCGGGGGAGGGCAGUCUCCGCGGUCUUCACCUUCUCAUGGCGGCUGGUACGGCGCUCAGUCUCCGGGUAACACUCCACCCCGAAGAGGCAGCCCUCGGUAUAACGUGUCACCGUACAACAAGUCUCCGGGAGGAGGAAACCAGCACUACCAGCAGCACAACGCCCGAGGAUACUCUUCUCCCAGACACCCCGCCAACUACCAGGGUUCUCCCAGGACAUCUACACCUUACGGUACGGCGCAUGGCAGAGAGAAAAGAGUGUCUGAUGUGGAAAACUAUUACAGACCAUCAAUGCUUGAGGACCCUUGGGCUAACCUAAAGCCAUUGUCCUUAUCAGACAUAGACCAAAAGAUCAACAGUGAGCAGACAACCAGCACUGGCAAAAAAGGGAGGUAUUUUAGCUAA